AGGGCUUUCACUCACUCUCUCUCGCUCAGCUUAGGGUGAGUUGAUUUUGAAGAGGGUUUAAUCGAUUGUAAUUUAGGGUUUAAAAAAUGGAAGGAGAUUCGUCUCCGUUGAUAAGACCCAUCAACAGAGCCGUCGUUCACAGAAUCUGCGCGGGACAAGUCAUCUUGGACCUCUCCUCCGCCAUCAAGGAGCUUGUGGAGAACAGUCUCGACGCCGGAGCCACCAGCAUAGAAAUCAACCUCCGUGACUACGGCGAAGACUACUUCCAAGUCAUCGACAACGGCUGCGGCAUUUCCCCAUCCAAUUUCAAGGUUCUCGCGCUUAAGCACCAUACUUCGAAGUUGGAGGAUUUCACAGAUCUUCAGAGUUUGACUACGUUUGGUUUCAGAGGAGAAGCUCUGAGCUCUCUAUGUGCCUUGGGGAAUCUCACGGUGGAGACGAGAACAAAGAACGAGCAAGUUGCUACGCUCUUGACCUUUGAUCAUUCCGGUUUGUUGGUUGCUGAGAAGAAGUCUGCACGCCAAAUUGGUACCACUGUCACUGUGAGGAAGUUGUUCUCUAAUUUACCUGUUCGAAGCAAAGAGUUUAAACGCAAUAUACGCAAAGAGUAUGGGAAGCUUGUUUCUUUAUUGAAUGCAUAUGCACUUAUUGGGAAAGGAGUGCGGUUUGUCUGCUCUAACACGACUGAGAAAACCCCAAAGUCUGUUGUUCUGAGCACACAAGGGAAGGGUUCACUCAAAGAUAAUAUCAUUACAGUAUUUGGCAUCAGCACCUUCACAAGUCUACAGCCUGUAAGUAUAUGUAUAUCAGAUGACUGUAGAGUCGAAGGGUUUCUUUCCAAGCCUGGACAAGGUACUGGACGCAACUUGGCAGAUCGACAGUAUUUCUUUAUAAAUGGUCGACCUGUAGAUAUGCCGAAAGUCAGCAAGUUGGUGAAUGAGCUUUACAAAGAUACAAGUUCUCGGAAAUACCCAGUUGCCAUUCUUGAUUUUGUUUUACCUGGUGGAGCAUGUGAUUUGAAUGUCACGCCCGAUAAAAGAAAGGUCUUCUUUUUUGACGAGGCUUCUGUUAUGGCUUCUCUGAAGGAAGGUCUGAACGAGAUAUAUUCCUCUAGUAAUGCGUCUUAUACAGUUAAUAGGCUCGAGGAUAAUUCCGUGCGACCAGAUAAGGCUGGAGUUUCAUCUCUUCAGGAGAAAUCAAAUCUCCUUUCAAAAGGUAUCGUGCUGGCUGUCAGUUCUAAAACCAGAGAUGGGAAAGCUAUUGAAAAGGAAAUAUCUUCCUCGAGGGAGGCUGAGCUGGAUAAUAGUUCAACACUGAAGGUUUUCAAAUUUGAUAUUAAGACACGUGGGACUAAGCAAGGGAAAGGUUCUUUAUCAGUCCAUGAUGAGUCCCUAUCUGUAACUCACCUUAACAAGACAGCUAGCAAAGGUUUGCCUGACGUCAAUGUGAUUGAGAAAGUUACGGAUGGAAGUAAAGACUUAAACAAUCGCGCUAGCUUUGCACAGUCAACUCUGAAUACUUUUGUUACUGUGGGAAAAAGAAAACAUGAAAGCAUAAGCACCCUCCUCUCUGAAACACCUGUCCUCAGAAACCCCCCUCCUGGUUGUCGUGUGGAGAAAGGCAAAUUUGAAGUCCGUGCUUUGUCUGCAAGAUGUACGAUGGAAGGUGAUCAAGUUGGUGGUAUGGCCGUCUCGAAGCAAGAUGUGACGCCAAAUGAGGUGGACUCUGAAAUAGCAAAUUUGACAUCUCCUAGAACCCAUACUGACAAUGUAGAAAGACACAAAAGACAGGAGCACGAGAAACCAUUAUGUUCUGAAGAACCAACAUCAGAAAACACACGCACCGAGGGAGAUACGGAAAAGAUUUUGGAGAACGAUUCACAUUGCAGUCAGCCACUGCGACCUGUUGCCACAGUGCUGGACUCCUCAGCUCAUUCAGCCUGUCCAAAAAUGUUUUCAACAUUAAAAUUUAGUUUCCAAAACCUAAGGAAGAGGAGGUUAGAAAGGCUGUCAAGAUUACAGUCCACAUGUUAUGUAUCUAAAAGUUUGAACACGCCAAGGCCUAAAAAUUACAGGUGCUUUGCCGCUGCAACAUUAGAGUUAUCUCAACCGGAUGAUGAGGAGCGAAAAGCAAGAGCUUUAGCUGCAGCUACUUCCGAGCUGGAAAGGCUUUUCCGAAAAGAAGAUUUCAGAAGAAUGCAGGUACUCGGACAAUUCAAUCUUGGUUUUAUCAUUGCAAAAUUGGAUCGAGAUCUGUUCAUUGUGGAUCAGCAUGCUGCCGAUGAGAAAUUCAACUUCGAACACUUGGCAAGAUCAACUGUCAUGAACCAGCAACCCUUACUCCAGCCUUUGACUUUGGAGCUCUCUGCAGAAGAAGAAGUUACAAUAUUAAUGCACAUGGAUGUAAUCAGGGAGAACGGGUUUCUUCUUGAUGAGAAUCCGAGUGCUCCUCCAGGACGACACUUCAGACUGAGAGCGGUUCCCUAUAGCAAGAAAAUCACUUUCGGGGUCGAAGAUCUUAAAGACCUAAUAUCAACUCUUGGAGAUAACCACGGAGAAUGUUCGGUUAUAAGUAGUUACAGAACCAGCAAAACAGAUUCGGUUUGUCCAUCAAGAGUCCGUGCAAUGCUAGCAUCAAGAGCAUGCAGAUCGUCUGUGAUGAUCGGAGAUCCACUCAGAAAAAACGAAAUGCAGAAGAUAGUAGAACACUUGGCAGAUCUGGAAUCUCCUUGGAACUGUCCGCACGGACGACCAACGAUGCGUCAUCUUGUCGAUUUGACAAGUUUGCUCACAUUACCUGACGACGACAAUGAUGAUGGUGCAGCCAUUUCAUUGUCAUGAGUCUUGGCCAGUGGUCGGUCAUAACAAGUCAAUUAUUAACUACAGUUGGUCAAUGUAAAAUGCUAUUCUAGUAUAUUAAUUUCUUGGUCGGGGAUCAGAAGUGGUCAAAUUUACUUUCUACAGUUAGCUAUGUAUAACUUUGUAAUUUUCAAAAUCAAGUUUUACAAUACCAUAAACUCCUCCAUUCACUC